UUUACUUUUAAAUCAAACGAAAUUUGAAUUAGGGGAAUCCCGGUUAAGUUCCUGAUAGAACAUUGAAGAACUACAACACAAUGGCAGAAUCAACUACAAAAAAUGAAUCAAUAGCUCUUUAUCGAUACUUGUGUCAGAAUAUUGUUGGAACAGAAGAGCACGUGAAAACAGUAAGAAUGCUGAACACUAUAAGAGACAAUUUGUCAUACGACCAAGAAACUGCAACAAUCACUAGCGGAAGUCGAGGGGAGGGAAUUGAGAUGAAAGGAAGUGAUUUAGAUAUCAUGCGUACCAUUAGAUAUAUUGAGGUUUGUGAAAACACAGACAUUCGUUUCAAACACGAAAAAACGUAUUUUAUCAUGGAAACAGAAGAUACAAAGCCGGGUUUCACUCAGUUGCGUUUAGUGUACACUAAUCAUGGUACUCCUGUAAAUAUCUUUGAACAAUGUGAAGAGAUCGGAGAUGAAUGCUACUUUUCAAAUUUCAAAUUUAAACGGAAGUUUACAGGUUGUGUAUGGUCAACUGUUCAUGGACCGUGUUUAAAUGACGAAAGCGGACAAUAUGAUAUAGCAUACUAUUUACGUUGUAAAUCAUGGAUAACACAGGCAAAGCAUUGGAUUAGAAGACCAAAUAAUUCAUGGCCAGAAGACGAUGUUAAACAGGCUAUAAUUAAGCAUGGAAUUCUCUUUGUUCCAAUAGGUGAUAAAGGUUCCAUCAAAGAAGAUUUAGAAUGGCGUAUAUCGUUUUCCGUUGCAGAAAAAUUUCUUAUUUAUACAUUUACACAUACACAACUAUUAUGUUAUGCUCUCAUGAAAAUUAUAUUAAAAGACGUAAUAAACAAAAAAGAAUUUCUUUCGGAAGAAAAUAUUAGAGAAAAUAGCCCAGACUUAUUGUGUUCAUACUUCCUGAAAACAAUUGUAUUUUGGGUAUCUGAAGAACUACCACCAUCAAUAUGGAAGACUUCCACGAUCGAAGUUAACAUCGAUUUGGCAGACAUCAACAAAAUGGCAGAAUCAGCAACAGUAAACGAAUCACUAGCUCUGUAUGGGUAUAUAUGCCAGAACAUUGUUGGAACAGAGGAGCAUGUUAAAUAUUUCAGAAUGAUGAACUCCAUGAGAGACAACUUAACAUGCGAUCAAUGUUGGACAACAAUUACUAGUGGCAGUUUUGGAGAGGGACUUGACCUGAAAGAUAGCGUUGUAGAUAUUAUGUCAAUAAUGAAUUGCUUUGAGGUCGUUGAAGAAUUAAAUAUUAUUUUUAAACCUAAUAUGACGUAUUUUACAAUGGCAACGGAAGCUACGAAAACAGGUUACCCACAGUUCUAUAAGAGAAACCAGUACAGUGUAGCUAUUACCAUCCUUCAGUACUCGUUACUAAAAUGUUCACCCGAUAAACUUUGUUUAGGUUCUCGCCUGACAUCAAGCAAGGAAGAUUAA